GGGAAAGAAAGGGCCAGUGUGAGCGAAAGAGAAAGAGAGAGAGAGAGAGACGCAUACACAGGGUAACACAGUGACUUUGAAUGUAUGGCUCUGGUCUGUGUCUCUUUGGCUGGGGCGCGUGCCAGCCGUGGGGCCUUGACUAGUGUUGGGCUUUAAGGAUGCCACUGCCGCAGUAAACGGGAGGAAACCCUCCGAGGACACGCCAGGACCGCAGCCUGUGUUGUUAGAUGGCCCAUAAGGGACCCUAGUCUGUCUGUGGAGCAUGCGUGAGCUGGUCCGCUCAGACGACACCAUGGCCGAGCCGGAGCCGUCAGACGGGGAAGAUGUCCUGGGGGAUGCCAGGGGCCAGCUGGUGUCGGAACAGCUGGGACUUGGCCAGAACCUGGAUCUGUCUGACACCAUGGUCCAGCAGAAACUGGACGAGAUCAAGGACCAGAUCCGCCGCGAGAUCCGCAAAGAGCUCAAGAUCAAGGAGGGAGCAGAGAACCUGCGCAAGGUGACCACGGACAAGAAGAGCCUGGCCUACGUGGACAACAUGCUGAAGAAGUCCAGCAAGAAGGUGGAGGAGCUGCAUCUGGAGCUGCAGGAGCUCAACGCCCACCUCGUGGUCAAAGACCCGGAGGAGCUGCUCGAAUGCCCCCUGACGCCGGACACGCCCAACAGCGAGGCCAGGAUGUUCACCAGCAGCAGUCGCCUCGCUGCCCUGAAGAAGCAGAACGACAUCGAGCUGAAGGUCAAACAGGGGGCGGAGAACAUGAUCCAGAUGUACUCCAACGUCUCCUCCAAGGAUCGCAAGUUGCUCGCGGCCGCUCAACAGAUGCUCCAGGACAGCAAGAUGAAGAUCGAGUUCAUCCGCAUGCAGAUCCUGAAGGCCAGCCAGGCCAACGAGUUGAGCUUCGAUAACAACGACGUUAUGGCCAAGCCCAUCAUCAGCCCUCUGGACCUGCGGGUGGAGGAGCUGUGUCACCACGCCAGGAUAGAGUCCGCCGUCGCAGAGGGCGCCAAGAACGUCAUGAAGCUCCUCGGAACCGGGAAGGUCACCGAGAAGAGGGCGCACUCGGAGGCCCAGGCGCGGUUCAACGAGUCCAACCAGAAGCUGGACCUGCUGCGCUACUCCCUGGAGCAGCGGCUCAGCGAGCUGCCCAAGAACCACCCGCGCAGCAGCAGCAUCGUGGAGGAGCUGGCGCUGCUGUCGUCCCCGGCCCUCAGCCCCAGGGCCAGCAUGCUGUCCACCCAGAACCAGUACAGCACCGUGGCCAAGCCCGCCGCCCUCACAGGCACGCUGGACGUCAGGCUGAUGGGCUGCCAGGACCUGCUGGAGAGUGUGCCGGGCCGCUCCAAGGCGGCGUCGGUGGCGCUGCCGGGCUGGAGCCCCAGCGAGACGCGCUCCUCCUUCAUCAGCAGGGCCAACCGCAACCGGGGCGCCAGCGCACGCAACCUCACCAAGAGCGAAGACCUCUCCAAUGAGAUCAGCGCAGUGCUGAAGCUGGACAACACGGUGGUGGGGCAGACCGGCUGGAGGCCCGGCAGCAACCAGUCCUGGGACCAGAAGUUUACCUUGGAGCUCGACCGGUCCCGUGAGCUGGAGAUCUCGGUGUACUGGAGGGACUGGCGCUCGCUGUGCGCCGUCAAGUUCCUGCGGCUGGAGGACUUCCUGGACAACCAGCGCCACGGCAUGUGUCUCUACCUGGAACCCCAGGGCAUGCUGUUUGCUGAGGUGACCUUCUUCAACCCCGUCAUCGAGAGGCGGCCCAGGCUCCAGAGACAGAAGAAGAUCUUCUCCAAGCAGCAAGGGAAGACCUUCCUGCGGGCCCCUCAGAUGAACAUCAACAUCGCCACGUGGGGCCGGCUGGUGAGGCGGGCCAUCCCCACGGUCAGCACCAACUCCUUCAGCCCCCAGGCCGCGGACUCUGGGCCCAGCAGUCAGCCGGGCUCCCCCACACCCUCCAGUGACACGCUGGUGACCAAGCUGGACUUUGACAAGGAGCCAAUCCCAGUACCCAAGCACUACCCUGAGCCAGAUGACAUCAGCGAACCCCCGACACAGGACAAGAUGGCCGACAAGGAAGAGGUACAGGACGCCCUGGCGUCGUUUGACUUCCUGAACAGGAGGAACAGCAUGGCGGUGAAGACGGAGCUGGACCACCUGGUGGACCAGGAGCUCCAGCAGCCGGAGCUGGAGCUCAGCGCCCUGCAGCAGGACAACCAGCUACGGGAAGAAGAGCAUUUCCACUUCAGCCUGAAGGACUUCAAGUGCGUGGCGGUGCUUGGUCGGGGUCACUUUGGAAAGGUGCUGCUGGCGGAGUACAAGAGCACCGGGGAGAUGUUCGCCAUCAAGGCCCUGAAGAAGGGAGACAUCGUGGCCCGGGACGAGGUGGACAGCCUGAUGUGUGAGAAGCGUAUCUUCGAGACGGUGAACAGCGUGCGCCACCCCUUCCUGGUCAACCUGUUUGCGUGCUUCCAGACCCAGGAGCACGUGUGCUUCGUCAUGGAGUACGCGGCGGGGGGAGACCUGAUGAUGCACAUCCACGCCGACGUCUUCUCCGAGCCCCGCGCCAUAUUCUACGCCGCAUGUGUUGUAUUAGGAUUACAGUUCUUACACGACCACAAGAUUGUGUACAGAGAUCUAAAGCUGGAUAAUCUGCUGCUGGACACGGAGGGUUAUGUGAAGAUUGCGGACUUUGGGCUUUGCAAAGAAGGGAUGGGUUUCCGGGACCGCACCAGUACGUUCUGCGGCACGCCCGAGUUCCUGGCGCCCGAGGUCCUGACGGAGACGUCGUACACUCGGGCCGUGGACUGGUGGGGCCUGGGGGUCCUCAUCUUCGAGAUGCUGGUCGGGGAGUCCCCGUUCCCCGGUGACGAUGAGGAGGAGGUGUUCGACAGCAUCGUCAACGACGAGGUGCGCUACCCGCGCUUCCUCUCCACCGAGGCCAUCUCCAUCAUGAGGAGGCUGCUGAGACGGAGUCCGGAGAGACGGCUGGGCGCCGGAGAGAAGGACGCCGAGGAGGUGAAGAAGCACCUGUUCUUCAGGAACCUGGACUGGAACGGGCUGCUGGCCAAGAAGGUGAAGCCCCCGUUCGUGCCCACCAUCCAGGGCAACAGCGACGUCAGCAACUUCGACAACGAGUUCACGUCGGAGGCACCCAUCCUGACCCCGCCCCGCGAGCCGCGGCCGCUGGGGGCCGACGAGCAGAACAUGUUCCACGACUUUGACUAUAUCGCCGACUGGUGCUAGCUCCCCCCCCCGGACCCCCCCUCCCUCAGAACACACACUACACACCACACACACACACACACACACACACACACUGUGAACCAACCCGCAGAGCAAAGACUGUAGCUCGCGCUCUUAUUGUGGUGACCGGUUUUAUAGGACCGUCAGGUGGUCCGCCCGACGACCGCGCCGAGAGGGACCAUUGCUCGGCGGGCCUCUGGGCGCGCUCAGUGCGGCCGGGGAACAGACAGGUCAGCCCCUCCCCCUCCCCCACCCCGCCACACCUCUCUCUAUUUUUUUAAUCAACAUGAAGAACUUUUUUUAACAGAAAAACGGAUUAAAACAGAUAACAGGAGUGAAGGACAAUCAGGAGGGAUGUUGCGUUCUCCUGUUGUCGUUGCCAUGGUGCCCACGGUCUGACCACUGAGAAUGUUUUCAUAUGAACUCCGGGCGGAUGACAUCACAUCAUGUUAUUCCAUGUCACUGUCCUGUUUGUUUUUAUUUUUUAAUGCGUUUUUUAUUUGAUUUUGAGCUGUACAGAUUAUAUUCCUCCAUAUAUUUUUGUUGUCUCCACCUUUGACUCACUUAUGAUGAACAUUUUUGAAAAGUUGCAUUAGUGAAAUAUGAUUUUGUUUUUGAAAGUGCUUAAGCCAUCGUCUUCACUGAACUAACUGACAGUCAACUGUAACGGACAUCCUGAUGAUGACUACUACUGUUCGUAUUCACUUGAAACCCCAAGAUGGAGCAUACACACAGUAGAUACACACACUAAAGUACGUUGUAUCCGGUCCCGGCCUUGUCAACAGCCUGCCCUAGGCGCCCAUUUUAAGUUUUCGUUGAAAUAACGUUUUGCAUUUUCUUUUUUUCAUAUUCUGUUUACAGUUGAUCUGAAUUCUGAUCCAAACACUUAAGUCUGCCCAACCAGUGUUACAAGCUAGGUUACGUAUAAAAGAAAAACACUACUCUUUGUCGUCUUAAACAUUAAGUUGUCAAGAAAUGUUGUCCUAUUGUUUCAGAUGGAAGAACGGAAAAGAACAAGAUGCUAAUAAAAACAAGAUGAGGGAAGGUGAAACACUUAAUAUUUUUUAGCAGUUGAUUCCUUCAUGCCCCCUACAGGGCCCUCUGAAAUAACCCAAACAGUGGUGGCACUGACCCAGUUCUCCAAUAUACCUCCUCUUAUAUACAGGUGAAUCUCAAUUAAUUAGAAUAUUGUGGAAAAGCUAUUUCAUUUCAGUUAUUCAAUUUGUUAUAUAAAUGGACUCCACCAAAGGUGAAUUAAUUCAAGCCUUUAUUUGUAUUAAUCUUGAUUAUGGCUUGCAGCUCAUGAAAACCACAAAAUUGUGGAACAGUUCAUCUUUGUAGACUCAUGGUGUCACCCUAAUCAGCUAAUUACCUCAAAAUACAGCUCUCUGGACAGCCAACUUCCUUGUGGAGCCUGUCAAUGACUGUCUGACAACUGUCAGGUCAGCAGUCUUCCCCAUGAUUGUGAAGCCUACUGAACCAGACGGAGAGACCGUUAAAAAUAAAAAAAUUCAGGGGUUUUCAGGUAAUUCAUUAGUUUGACACCUUGAGUCUACAAUGUUGAAUUUUUUCACAAUAUUCAUUUUCUGAAAUACAGUAUUCUGGGUUUUCAUGAGCUGUAAGCCAAAAUCAAGAUUAAUACAAAUAAAGGCUUGAAAUAUUUAACUUCUGGUGUCAUGGAUAUAUAUUACGAGUUUCACUUUUUAAAUUGAAUAAUGGGAAUGAAUGAACUUUUCCACAAUAUUCUAAUUUGAGAUGCACCUGUAAUAGUAAUGCCUUUUACUAUAGAUUCAAUGUUGGGUUUCCUUAGAUGGUCGUUUUAACCGCUGGGCGCACUGGGCCUAUAAAUGUUAAGGUUCGAAUUGUGACUAGUUUCUGCCGAAAGAGAUAAAACCAGCCAAUGAGA